AUGUAUUCAAAUCGCUCGUACAUUGUCUCUCUCUCACCAGCGCUACGAGAUACCACCCGAACCGAAGAAGCCAAGGCUCAAAGUGAGAGAUCCCUAAAACCCGUGAAGCUAUACGCGCUCGCCGACAACCUCGACAUCGACGACCCCAGGACCAUCCCCAUGACGAAGAUCUUCAAAAAGGCAAGCGGGCGGGAUGUCCGUGGCUCCGUUCGACCGUUUCUGCCCCCGGUCCUCGGGAAGCCGCCCGGUUGUGUUGUUCGAAAAGCAAUUGGACUAGUGGCCGGUGAGGUGAUUGCCCGGUUUUGCCACGACGAUCGCGUCGAGGGCGAGUGCCAGGUCGGUCCGUUCGACGGUGAGAUACCUACCCGGACGGAUACGGGGGAAGUUAUUCAAGAGGCUCCGGGAUGA